UUGUUGAACACGUUUUCAAAACCAGAAAACAAACUAGAAAGAAAAAUCUAGAGUUACCCAUACAAUUUAUUAAAGAUAUACUUGGUUGCUUGCCACGAUUAACAAGCUGCGAUGGUCCAUUUGUUAGCAAAAAAAGCAUUCUCACCUUUACUGCUCCCCUUUCAAUAUGUUGAAUACAUACAUAUUUUCUCGAGCCAGUAUCAGAUCUCCGUCGUCGUGGUGAAGAUGUUCCCCCAUUUGCUCACGGCUGCGGCAGGCAUCGCAUUUCUCGCUUAUAAACAGCAGGACCCUUCAUCCGCCCAACUCCCCACGUGGGGAGCGACCCACCCGGGCGGCAAUCUUCGCAGGGCGACAAAUGGGGCAGGAAAUCCCCUCCCCAGUGGAACAUCGUCCCUCGCAGUCCAACCAGCCGGCCCCCUUCUCAUGGAUCCUGUCCUAAUAAACAAGUUGGCUAGCUUCAACAGAGAACGGACGCCGGAAAGGGUAGUGCAUACGGUCGGUCAGGGGGCAUUUGGCACGUUUGUUGUCACGAAUGAUGUCACUGGUUUCACAGCUGCGCGGGUUUUCAAUCAGGUUGGGAAGGAGACGCCGGUUUUCGUGAGGUUCUCCAAUGUGAAUGGAAAAGCAGGCGUGGCUGAAACUGCGCACGAUCAGAGAGGCUUCGCUCUCCGAUUCUAUACCAAGGAAGAUGGCAACCUGGACUUUGCAGGGGUUAUUACGGAUGUCUUUCACAUUAGUGAUCCCAUGUUAUUUCCGGACGUUAAUCGCGUAUCGCUUUUAAAUCCUGUGACUAAUCAGAAAGAUCCCAAUAUGGCGUUUGACUUUCAAAGUCUGCGCCCUGAAACUACCCAGCGCUACAUUAAGCUUCUUUCCGACAAUUUUUUCGCUCCAGGUUCGAUGAGAAGCAUGGACGGAUUUUCAGUAAACAUUUUUCUCUGCACGAACAGCGCCGGGGUCAGUGUGUACUGCAAAUUUAAUUGGAAAGCGUUGCAAAAAAUUGCCCCGUUGACGGAUGAGGCCGCGAUCUCACUCGCUGGAACUGAACCUGGAUACUAUACAAAGGAUCUCUACAACGCCAUCGAUUCCGGAAACUAUCCCCGCUGGUCGUUUGGCAUGCAGAUUUUGACCUUUGAUCGAGUGAACACGCUUUCCUUCAAUCCCUUCGAUAUCACUAAAUCGUGGCGAGAGGACGAAUUCCCAUUCAUACCGAUCGGAGAAUUUAUCUUAAACCGAAAUCAGGCCAACUUUUACGCCGAGAUUGAACAAGCCGCCUUCGACCCGGCCAACUUAGUUCCUGGCAUAUCUCCCAAUACGCCGGACAUCAUGUUGGCUGCGAGAUUGUUUUCAUACAAGGACAGUCAACGCUACAGAUUAGGACCUAAUUUUGAAGAAAUUCAGGUCAACCGACCCAUCUCACCAGUUGCAAAAUACGAGCGGGAUGGACCAAUUCGCACUUCCGCUGCCUCCAACGGACUCGGUGACCCCAUUUACUACCCGAAUUCCUUCAAUGGUCCGGGCAUUGAUGAAUUCGCAGCUCGUUUGGAUGUCCCCGGUUUUGCGAACGGUCCCAUCUCGAGGCAAGAUCGCGUGGUGGAUAAUUUCAGCCAGGUGAUCAGAUAUUUACAGACAGAAGUUUCGCCAGCAGAAAGGGAACGCAUGGCGGGACGCGUUGCAAAGGAUUUGAUAUCCAUUCAAGAUCAAGGCGUGCGUGAGAGGUUCUUCAAGAACUGCAUUUAUCCUUUGGGGACCCCAUUUUCAGAUAUGGUAGUUUAUUACUAUGGAACGCUGACGAAUGGGGCAGGUAGAGACUUAUUAGGCCAGACUUAGGACUAUGAAGAAGAGACUUGUGCAGAUUGUAAAUAAUUUGUGGAAACGAAAAAAUCUAGUUUGGCUGGAUUAAAAAUUAGAUUGACAAGGACAGUCACGUACGAAUUUUUAAGAAUAAGAACAUAUUCCUGUGGGGCCUUUAUGUAAAUACCGGUUUGCACGUAAUGCAUUCGGUCAAUUAAUAUUCAAAAUAGAAUCAUAGAUUGUGUAACGAUGAUUUUAAUGUGAAACCCAAAAGCCUCUUUAAUACAUAGAGAGCUGGCUUGAUGGCACAAAAUGCAAGAAUGAUCUAUUUUACAUGUACUUAUGUACUCAGGUAUCUACCAAUAAUUAAUCCUCGUAGUAAACGUAAAAACAGGAAUAUACAUAUAUAACAAUGCAUUUACGACGACCCUACAUAUGUAGUUGUCUCUAGUUCUUAAUACUGUGUGUAAUUUACAUAUUUAUGUCUAUGGUUUAUAAAAAAUAACAAUAAUAAUAAUAAGCCUUGUCACACACUGUCGAUCCUGAA